AUGGGGUUAGCCGGUCCGCGCAAAAAGACAAAAAUCUCCCAUGACCCCAACAACACCAACUGGGCUCGGUCCACGUCUGGGUUUGGGCACCGGAUCAUGAGCGCCCAGGGGUGGACACCCGGCAAUACUCUCGGAGCUCGAGAUGCUGCUCACGCUGACUUUCUCACCGCGGCCAGCUCAACGCACAUCAAGGUCUCCAUCAAAGACGAUACCCUAGGCCUGGGCGCUCGUAUUGGGCGGGAUCCGUUAGGGGAACCCACAGGCCUGGACGCUUUCAAGGGACUACUCGGUCGACUGAAUGGCAAGUCUGAAGUGGUGUUGAAACAGGAACAGAGGAAGCGGGACGAUAUCAAACUGGCUCGAUAUGCCGCCAUGAAAUUCCCCGAGGUCCGCUUUGUGAGCGCUGGUUUAUUGACCCAAGAAAAGCCCGAGGAGCUUCCUGCCAAGGACGAUACCCCGAAGGAGAAGCCAAACAAGUCGACCAAACAGCACUCGGAUGGUGACGUUCCAUCCGACGAUAGCAGGGCCGCUCGCAAGUCUUCCAAGUCCUCCAAGAAAUCACGUUCUUCUCGCACCGACGAGCCCGAUAGCUCGGCCUCGGCCUCGGAGAUGAAGAAGGAGAAGAAAAAGGAGAAGAAAGACAAGAAGGAGAAGAAAGAGAAAUCCAAAAAGAGGAGGGCUGCAGCUGAGGAAGGCGACCCCUCGAGCGAGGAGGAUACGCCUCAGCCAAGCUCCGAGACCACCAUCCAGCCCAGCAAGGCCUCAGAGCCAUCGAGUGCACGGGAGCGCAGGCCAAAUGGAAGACAGUUUUUGCGAGGCCGACAUAUCGCGCAGAAAAAGAGAGCACUGUUGGAUGACAAGUCCCUUAAUGAGGUUAGUGCUGUCCUAUCCUUUUCCCUACCAUCCCGUACUCACCCGCAGCAGAUCUUCAUGGUGAAAGCAUAA